AUGAAUAAUGCAUUGGAGUCACUAUUUAUGAUAUACUACAUCAUCUCCGAAGGGAUUUUUUAUCGCAAAUUAUGUGGUGCCUUAAAAGCAGCCAUCCCCAGCAGUGUUGACAAUAUAAAUGCAUUGAGAUAUUUAUUUUACCAAGUGGUGAUAUUUACGUUGGACUUGGUCUCGUUAACACUCUCGGGCACGUAUCGUAUUUUCAUUGUCGCUGAUGGAAAUCUACCGAACUACAUCUAUUUGGAAACUUUUAGUUACGCAUUCACCAUAUUUGUAAUGACUGGAUUUGGACUCUCAAUUCCUAAAUUAAGAGGGACUUCCGAAAAUCAUCACUCUUUCACAUACCAAACUGAACCUGAAUUUAUCAAUGAUCCCGAAAAAAAUUCUGAAUAUGAUUGUGAUAUGCAGGUUUCCACUUUCGGAGUUAUAGAACGAAAAUCUUUCUCCAAACAAAUUCAAGACGAAACGUCUUCCGAUGUUUGA